CCUCCACCGACUAUGUCCACCCAUUCCCAUGUCGAUCUCGUAAAGGCUCUUGAGAGCAUCGAUCAGAGUGUCCUUCAUGACGAUACUCUCUCCUCCCAUGAACACACCCAUCACGACCAUCACCACCACAUCGCCGCAAUUGGGCAUCACCAUGAAGCAUCUGGGCGGCAAGAAGAUCUUUCAGAAUGGACGCGAGAGGAAUUGCAAGCUGAGAUUGUCAAGCUACGACAAAUGGCAGGGAUUGCCAACGACAACAAUAUGGCGGCCGAAAUGCUGCCUACAUCUGCUGAAGGGUCGGUUGACCCUUCUUUGCGAGAGAACGCUCUCGUAACGUUGCCAGCUGAGGGAGGUGGCUCCAAAGGCAAGAGAAAGCGCAAAUCCCCUACAAAUGAUGUCACAACGAGAAAGGUACAGAAAAGGCAUACAGAGACGGGGAAGAGGCUCGAGAAGGAAAGGAGAACGGAGCUGGCAAAAGUUGUCCGCAACAAGAUGCGUUCUUUGGUAGGCAUGGAGUUCAACAACAGUCCGGUGCCCCAGCCAACGGUCAGUUUCUCAGAGGAGGAAAGAGGAUUUACCCCUUUCGUACCCGAAUGGAGAAAUAUGCUCGAUGAAGAUAAUCUUGCGUGGGUGGACAAAAUCUCCAAAAGCGUGCAAGAAGAAGCUACCAAUGGCCUUCAUCCCAAGAUCCCAAAUGCUGAUCUCGUUUCGGAGAUCGUACAUGGGGUCGCAUGUACAGCCUUCACCAAUCUCUGUAAACGUUUUAUCAACGAGAAUUCAUCCGAUGGGGCGGAUAAGAGGGAACGGUACAUCAAGAAGCGUCGUCGAUGGGCACGUAAAGACCUCAAACAAAAACGCCGUUCCCGAUCAGCCGCUUCCCCAUCCAUCUCUCUUUCCCUUCCGGCCCCUCUCCCUGCAUCAGCUCUACACAUUGACUACAUGUCCUCAGAGUAUUCGUCCUCUGGAGAUGAUGAGUCUGACGUCCAUCCGCAUAUCAGGGUGAUGCAAAAGGACAAAUGGAGGGAGGCGACUGAAGAAGCACAAAGGGAUGCGAGUGUGGCAGCGGGGACGGGGAGAGGUGGGUGGAAAGCGGGGCAGGGGCCAAAGGUGCUGGAAGUUCGAAAACCAAAGUGGCGAAGUCAACAACUUAACGAGAUAUACGCGCGACUGGAUGCUCAUGCAGACGCAUACGCCGACACACGCGCAACGGGCGCCCGCCCCGCCUCGUCUUCCCAUUCCACUUCUGCAGCUCCUCGAGCAGGUCACGUCGCCCCUUCGCACAAGCGAUUUUGUCUCCCUCCCGAGCUUGCUAGACGGGGAAAAGCUCCUCGAGACUUGGGUGAGGGUUGGAUGUGGGUUACGGGCGUUGUGGGUGUUUGGCCUGAGGAAGGGCCCGAGCUGCAGAUGGAGGCGGCGGGGGCUGGGGGCGAGGCUGGAGAUGUGGUUGGGGUUGGGGUUGAUGAUGCGGAAAGGGAACAGGGCGAGAAUGGAGAAGCAGCCGUGGUAGAGGAGAUGGAGGUGAGAACACGGGUAGUGAAUGAGAUGGCCGAGGUGACGCUUGCGCAGAUGGGACAGUGGGGCACGAGCGAAGAAGUGAUGGGCGAGGCGGACAGACUGGGGUUGGUUAAUGCUCUUGAUGGGUUAUAAUCACGUUCGCUUGUGCUCUGUAUCAUUUACUGUCUUAUGCAGUUUUUGGUCAGUUUCUUUAUUGCCUCUCACUGGCAUCCACGUGCAGCUGGAUGCGUCACUGCCGCCUUCAAACUGUCAGGUCUAUCCUCCCCGUCUGGCAAAUAGAAGGCGGAACCUGGUAAUCUAUGUACGUUACUGUCGCCCAGAACAUAGAUCCAUGCAUAAUAUGA